CUUCGAUUAUUGAGCUUAAAGAAUAAUAAUUUACAAAACAUAAGAAAUGCUACGUUCCAGAUGCUCGUAAAUCUGACAAGUUUAGAUCUGUCUCACAACGCAUUACAUUUCAUUGAGUCAGGUGCGUUCAGAAAGUUAGAACACUUACGGACGCUCGAUCUCAGCUUUAAUAAGAUGAUUCAUUAUACAGUCAAAUAUUUUCCAAUUAACUUAUUCACUUCACUUGCAAAACUCGAAGAACUUUCAAUUCAGGGCCUCUCGGAAGACCAUGACUUACAUUAUCCAGAGGCCGCCCUAUCGCAAUUAGUAAACCUCAAAUCCUUAAAAAUAGAUGGUCUCAACACUACUUUCGGUAGUGGAGUAAGAUCUUUAAAGCACUUGCAUUUUGUCACGAUUACUUCCUCAUGGCCUACAAAGAUCUGCUACUUGAAGACUAUAAAUUCAACAUUUUUUAUAAACCUGCCUUAUUUAAAGAAACUGGAAAUUUCCUUCUGUCCUAUAUCACAAGUUGAUCCAUUGGCCUACAAAAAAGUUAACCUUACAAGUUUAUCUUUCAGUUUUUUAAAUCAAUAUGAUCUUUACAAAGCUUUUGAUGAUCUCAGCGGCUUUCAAAACUCUUCUUUGAAAAAUCUUACCUUUAUACAUUUGUACCUAUCGGCAAUGCCCUGCCGCUAUUUGAACAGUGCCCAGGCAAAAUAUUUGCAAAACAUCGCCCUUGAGGUCCUCGAUCUGUCGGACAACCGGCUUGCGUUGCUUGGUGAGGAUUUUGCGAGCAGUCUGCCCCAAACAUUACGCAUUCUCAUUUUGAGGAAUAAUCGAUUUUCUUUGUAUGGCCUUGUUAUCACGCAAGUCAGUCACCUUAUGGAGCUGACCGAAAUUGAUAUCAGCAUCCAAAACCAAGUGGAGCCUUAUUUUGUCCAAGAAGGUUUUUAUAUACCAUCACCCGAUGCAAAUGAAAGGAUUUGUCCUGCAGAAAGUCCAUCUCAUUAUGAGCUCUCAAGCAUGAGCCAAACAGAGGGUUGUGCUUACCCCAAAGAUGAAAAAAAGGACGAAAUAAAAUUGAACAAAAACUCAAGUGAAGGUUUAGCUGCCCGUCGUUACAUGGAGACGUCGGUAGACGCCAGAAACAUCAUCCACACUGAGUCCACCAAGAAAAUGUUACAUGCACGCGUUCAGAGAGUUCCAUUAAAUUUACCUCCAAACCUUCGAGUUUUAAAGGCCUCUCAGUACUAUAGUUUAGGCACAAUUCUCCUUCACAGCUCUUGGAAUAGAACUAAACUGUCUGAAAUAGAUUUCUCAAAAGGUUUUCUUACCCAAUGGAGUGAAGGGCAUAUACAUGAGACAAUCACUAAAAUUGACUUGAGUGAAAACUAUUGCAAACACAUUAACCGAACGUUCUUUCAAUCUAAAAAUUCCUUGAUUUACUUGAACAUGCACAACAAUGCACUCGGUGCUGAUUUUGCUGAAGAUAACGAUGGUGCUAUUCUUGCCGAAUUGGCUAAUUUAAAGUACUUGGAUAUUUCAUACAACCUGAUUUACAAACUUCCAUCCGAAUUCUUCAAGGGAUUAACUGCUCUCGAAACACUUAAACUUUCUAAAAACGAACUCCAAACUUUAAAUACGACAUUUUCUCAAAUGACCAGAUUGAGGUACCUGGACUUAAGUAGAAACUCUAUCGUCUGGAUCAGUGAAAAAGUACGCAAUGACCUUGACCAGAUAGGAGAACAGCUUUCGGUUGACCUAACACUAAACCCUUUACCCUGCACGUGCGCGGCCAUUGAAAUCUUAAACUGGAUGGCGAACACAAAAGUUCAGUUGCAGAAGAAAGAUUUCCUGCAAUGUCGUUUUGAAAAUGGUGAAAUUGAAUUCAUAGGUGAUUUGGAACAAAGAGUCAGCAGUUUAAAAAGAAUAUGUGCUUCUAAAGCUCUCGUUAUCGUUAUCUGUGUAGCUUCAAUGGUCAUAUUUGGGGAUUAAUCUACAAAAACCGUUGGAAAUUACGAUAUCUGUUAAACACAACAAAGUCUCGACUGUUUGGUUUUAAACCUAAGGGUGAAAUGAAAUCCAGAUUUAAAUUCGAUGCUUACUUCAUCUACACAGACCAGACGCGUAGUUUUGUGUUACAGGACUGCAUUCAAGAACUCGAGGAGAAACGUGGCCACAAGCUGUGUGUUGAGGAUCGAGAUUUUAUGCCCGGAUCACCAAUCAUUGCAGAUAUUCUCAGUGGCGUGAGAAACAGUCACAAGACAGUUCCGGUGAUCACCCCAGACUUUUACAUCGAUGGAGACUUUACGGAAUACAGCGUCAAGAUGGCGUUGAUGGAAGAGAACUACGAACGUAGACAGGCUCUCCAUCUGUGUAUCCUUGAGCCGACGGAUCAUGAAGAGAUGGGCAACGAUCUACUGGCGGCAAUGAAGCGUAACUCUUACACGGAGUAUCCUCCCUUAGAUCAGGCAAAUGAAGAACUGAUACAAAGUUUUUGGGACAUGUUGUCUGCAAAAAUU